AUGUACUCCAACUCGAGUGCCUUCUUGGGGGGCAAUAGCCAGCGCCCAGGUGGCCAGCAGUAUGGCGGAUCCCCUCUCAACAACGGCAUGGCUGGAGGUCAGCAGCAGCAGAGUCCAUUUGCACCGCAGCCGACCGGUUUCGGCCAGCCAAACUUGCAACAGCAAUAUACCGGCUACCCGAUGCAAGCUCAGCCUACAGGCAUGCCGAUGCAAGCCCAGCCCACGGGCAUGCCGCAGCAACCCUUCCAGCAGCAGCAGUACACAGGAUAUCCAGGCCAAGCUCAGCAGACGCAGCAGAGCUUCCAGAACCCCAUGCCCUCGAUCCCGCCGCAGUUCCAACAGCAGUUUCAACAACAACAGCAGCAGCAGCAGCAGCAGCCGCCGCCGCCGCCUCCGGGACCGCCACUGUCGCAGUCCAAUACGUUCUCGUCCUUGCCACAACAGUCAUCGGGACCUCCGCAGCCGCCUGCUCCGAUGAAGCCGCAGCCGACUGGAUUCACCGAGAUGGCGGCGUCAUUCCAGACUGGGGCCGCGGCCAGGACCCCAGACCGCCCGACCGAGACCAAGAUGACAAACAAAAUCCCCAACAUCAGGCUGUCAUUCAUCACGGCGCAAGACCAGGCCAAAUUUGAAACGCUGUUCAAGUCUGCCGUGGGGGAUAAUUCGACAACAAUGUCGGGAGACAAGGCACGGGAUCUUUUGCUCCGCUCGCGCCUCGACGGCGACUCGCUGUCCCAAAUAUGGACCCUGGCGGACACAACACGGGCUGGCCAACUCUACUUUCCCGAAUUUGCCCUCGCCAUGUAUUUGUGCAAUUUGAAGCUAACGGGAAAGACUUUGCCCCCUUCUCUGCCAGAACACAUCAAAAACGAAGUCUCGAGCAUGGUCGACAUCAUUGGGUUUAGUGUGGUUGAGGCUCAGGCGAAUCAUACAUCGCAGAAUGCCUCCCAGCCUACCAUCCAGCAGCCACAGCCCCAGCCAUCAAGCUCUCAGCUGCUCCAGUCCCAGAUGACGGGCUUUCCAGGGCAUCAAAAUGGCUUCGGAGCCCAGCCGCAAGGAAUGCAACAGUCCCAGCCGACGGGAUUUCCUGCAAUGCAGGCUGCGCAGCCCACUGGCUUCCAGGGGUUGCGGCCCUCGAUGCCGCCCAUGCCCACUGGCUUCGGCCAGUCCCUGUCGCCAAAUACAGGCGGCGGUCUGGGCAUGGCUGCUUCUCUCAAUGCCCAACCAACCGGCCGCCCGGGCCAAUGGGGCCUCGUCAACGCCCCUGCCUCUGGAUUGCCCAAUAUCGACGCAUUGCAGGCCAGGAUGAUGCCCCAGCAAGGCCGCGAGGGCGGCUCGUACACCACGCAGGGUCUUCAGGGUAACGCCGUCAUUCCAUGGGCCAUCACGAAGGAAGAGAAGACCCGGUACGAUGCCUUGUUCAGGGCCUGGGAUGGAUUUGGGAAAGGGCAUAUCGGAGGCGACCAAGCGAUUGAGAUUUUUGGUCAAAGUGGUCUUGAAAAGCCUGAUCUCGAAAGGGUCUGGACCCUAUCGGACAAUGGCAACAAGGGCCGUCUUGAUCUGGACGAGUUCGCCGUUGCCAUGCACUUGAUUUACCGGAAGCUCAACGGCUAUCCUCUGCCUAACGCUCUUCCCCCAGAGCUCGUCCCUCCUUCGACUCGCAACUUUAGCCAAUCUAUUGGCACGCUCAAGUCAAUGUUGCACCAAGAGUCCGACUUCCGCAAGAGCUCUGGAGCAGCGCUGCUGCCCCAGAAGACUGGCGAUGCAACUGUCUUCCGCAAUGAUGAUGAGGACUUUGGAUACAGGUCCAGCGCCCGGCGCAGGCUAGGCAACAGCUCUCCACGACCUGCCUCUCCGGCUUCCGUGGGAUCAAACGAUGAUAUGACGCUGGAUCAGCUUCGCAAGAAGAUCAAGGAGAAGCAGGUCCUACUGGACGCCAUGGACUUCGCCGACGAGAAGAACAAUGAAGAAGACGAUAUCCUGGAUAGACGCGAUCGCCGAGAAGCAGAAGAGCUCUACAGACGCAUCAGACGUAUGCAGAACGAUAUUGACGCCCACCCCGACGCUGCUGUGACGAGCGGCGACUCUGAUGCAGAACGGCGUGCAUUGAAGCGCCAGCUCCAGAAUCUUACGGAUAAGGUACCGGAGCUUGCAUCUCAAGUUCGCAGGACCGAGAAGGCCAUUAUGGAGGCACGACUGGAGCUCUUCCGUCUCAAGGACGCCAAGGCCCAUCCGGGCAGCGGCACUACGAUUGUAGGUACCGGCGCUGGCGGAGCCGUGACGGAGUCAGACCGGCUCAAGGCUCGAGCCAAGGCCAUGAUGCAACAACGAACAGCCGCUUUGACGGGCAAGAAGAUUGACGUUGGGUCUGAAGACCUCGAUGCCCCCAAGCGUCUUGAAGAAGAAACCAUUGGUGCGAAGAGUGAGAAGGAGAGUAACGAGAGCAUGGUCCGCGAUGUCGAGGAAAGUGUCCGCGACUUUGCUCGAAGUAUUGAAGACAGCCUUAAAGAGGGCGGCAAAGACAAUACCAGCGAGCACGAGCGGCGGCGCUGGGAAGAUGGCCUUGGCGUCGAGGAUGAGGUUCGGGACUUCAUCUUCGAUCUCCAGCGUGAGAGUCGCGCGUCUCGUCUACGCUCCCAAGACAAGCGCGUUGCCCGACCUGCGGCUCCUGCUGAAGAAACCACGACCCCCGCCGCUGCUGGUGGAUCGUACGCGUCGUACAAAACGCCCGAGGAGCGCGCGGCCCCAUCAAAACUGGGGGAGAGCGCAGCGCAGCGCGCAGAUCGUGAGAGGUCUGAGCGAGCUGCCAAGCUUCGACAAGCCGAAGAGGAAGACGCUCGCAGGGAGACCGAACGCCAGGCGCGUCUGGCCGAGGAACAGGGCGUGCCGCCCCCGGCGUCCGAAUCCCCCAAAGCUGGAACUAGAAAGCCUCCACCGCCGCCCACGAGGAAGGGUGUUAAGCCCGAAAUCGAUGCCGCUAAGAAGUCGGAAGAAGAACAGGCCGCCCGAGCCGCCGAGGAGCGAAGGCUAGCCGAAGAACACGAGCAACAGCAGCGCGAGACGCAGGAGAUGGAGGAAACCGCCAAAGAGGAGGAAGACGAGUUUGAAAAGGAACAGCAGGCGACCGCGGCUCGCCUGAAAACCCUUGAGGAGCAGGUUCAGCAGGGCAAGCUGCGGAAGGAGGAAGAGAAGAAGAAGAAGAAGGCGGCGCUGGCGGAGGCGAAGGAAAAAGAGCCCAAGAUGGCUGCCAGACGAGCGGAAAUCGAGGCCGCGAAGCAGCGGGAACUAGAGCUGCAACGUCAACUCGAGUCUAUGAACGAUGACAGCUCCUCUUCCGACGACGAGGGUCCGAAGCAGAUCACGCCCCAGGCCUCGACACCGACUCUGGGCAGCAGCCAGAUAAGCCAGCAGGAACCCGAGCAGAAACCCAGCCCCCCUCCAGCGGCAGCGCCCGCGAUAUUCCCUCCGCCCCCGGCGGUCGUCACCUCGCCGCCAUCCGAGACGGAGAGCAAGAAUCCAUAUUUCAAGAUGAUGUCCCACUCUUGCGAGGCAACAGCAGCCCCCGCGGUACCGUCAGACAGCGCUCCAGCGGCGCCGCCUCCACCAGAUCCCUCGACGAAUCCUUUCCAUCGCAUGGCUCAGGAGAAUAGGGCGGCCCCGGCGCCCACCGGCCCAAUCACUAGGAGGCGAGCGGACUCGGAUGACUGGGGCUCGAGCAAGGAGGACGACGACGAGGACUCGGACGACGACCGUCCCGGCGGCGGCAACGCUGCUCAGCUUGCCUCCAUUCUGUUUGGCACCAUGGCGCCUCCGCGGCCGCUUUCGGCCGCCGGCAGGGACUCGCCGGCACCUGCGACCGAUACCCCUAUUGCACCUCCUCCGCCGCCGCCGAUGCCGAGUUCCGAUGCUCCGGCCGAUUCCCCUCCGCCACCGCCUCCGCCGCCGGCUCCAAUGCCAGAGAGCGAGGAGCCUGCAUCGCCGCUUCCGCCGCCCCCGACGGCGCCUUCAGGGGCGCCGCCGCCUCCGCCACCGCCGCCGCCUCCAGCUUCAGGCGCUCCUCCGCCUCCGCCUCCGCCGCCGCCUCCAGCGGCUCUCCCAACGGGCGGACGUCCCUCGGGAUUCUUGAGUGAAAUUCAAGUGGGCAAAUCGCUCAAGAAGACGGCGACCAACGACAAGAGCGGGGCGUCUGUGUCUGGUCGGGUGCUGGACUAG